GAAGUUUAAAGGCCGGUCAGGAGCCUCUUUGACGGGUAGAGCGAUUUUGGCGGCAGCGGGGGUUUAUUGGUUGGGGGAACAUGGUGCGCACCAAGGCAGACAGUGCAGGUUCUAGCGGCAGCGGGAGCUACAGGAAAGCUGUUGCUGCUAGAGCCCCAAGGAAAACAUUUGGAAGCAGUUCUAGUUCCUCAAACCCACUUACAUCGCCAUCGGGGAAGAAAACAGCUGAAAGCAAAUAUGCUGGAGGAAAUCCAGUGUGUGUUAGACCAACGCCGAAAUGGCAGAAAGGAAUAGGAGAGUUCUUUGGAUCUCCUUCUACCAGCAAACCAGAGAAGGAGAACCGUGUGCCGUCUGAUGAUGAUGAGGAAGCUGGCGGCAGUGGUGUAGGGAAAGCACCAAGGAAAUCCCGUCCACUUCCUUCAGAAGAUGAUGCUUCGGAUGAUGAAUGAGCUGCUCUGCAAAGUCAUUAGUUUGUUUCUCAUUCUACUUCUGUAUAUUUGUAAAUAAAGUUCAUGAUGUAGGUUUUUGUACAGGUCAGGUCUUGUUGUUGGGCAGCUACGAUCUGAGUUAUUCUUACACAUAAGAGUAUUUUUAAAUAAAACGGGUUUUCCUGUG